CUGUAUAUUUUUAGUGUUCUUGUUCCAUCAUUGCUCCCAUCGAAAAUAAAUGAAAGUUAACAUAUCGUUCAAUUUCUCUUUGUUUCAAUCAAUGCAAAUGAAUACAUCAUAGCUGCGUGUAGCUUUGUUUGUGCUUUCACAUCGUAGGUAUCUACAUUUUGUGACAAGCUGUUGUUUAAAGCUGUUCAUUGAAUGCAUGUCGGACAUUGAAAGUAUACAAAUUCGAGAAAGAAAAAAUAAGUCUUCUUUUUUUUUUGAUAAACAUGUCAGCACACCCAGAAACUUUUACAAGAACAAGAGACGCUACACCAACAGUCAGUCAUGGCUCGAGGACAAUAGCUAUAGAAGAAAACCAAGUCAUUAACCCAAGCGAUGAAGAAACAACAUCAGACGAAGGUGAACAUGUGGGUAUACUUCGUCUAAGAGGAGAUAUGAACUCAAGAAGAAGAAGAGUUAUUCAGUGGGAUGAAAAUGUGAUUGAUAACGAACAUAUGAACAAAAAGAAAUCAAAGGUUUGUUGUAUUUAUCAUAAACCCCGUCCUGUUGGAGAAUCUUCAGAUAGUAGUAGUAGUAGUAGCAGUAGUGAAAAUGACAGUGAUAGCGAAGAUAGCCAUACAGGCCACUGCAGCCAUAGACAUGGAAAGAAGAAAAAGAAGAGAAAUCCCAGAGAUGUUAGCCCAAAUGCAUAUGAACGUCAACCAGUCUAUAAAGAUCGCCCUAAACCAGUAAAUCAAUAAAGGGAUUUAUUAUCAUAAUAAAACCAAAAGAGAGAGCAGAGGAAUGUUUGCUUUUUCCCUUUCUCUCUCUUUAUGAACCA